AUGACUUCUGACGCCAUCACCACCCUCAAUUAUUUCGUCGCUCCAUCUGACGGUUCUCGUCCUUACACUGAUAUCAGCGGAAAUAACGCUGCAGGAAAGCUGAUCCACAACUGGGGCGAGGACUCGCAUGAUAUGCAAGUUGAGGACGUGCGCGGGAAGGAGGAACUUUACAAGCUUGACAAUGCCGGAUUUCAGUAUGGGAGAGAAGCGCCGAAGCAUACCAGCUUUUUGAACGACGAUGAGAUUGAGCGCGAAUACUACCCUGAGAGCAUCGACCUCAUCAAGAGGGUAACAGGAGCGACCAAGGUUGUCAUCUUCGAUCACACUAUUCGUCGCCGUCGCCCAGGCGAGUCAGAUGAUAACCCACAGAAACGUCAGCCAGUCUCCCGGGCUCAUGUGGACCAAACGCCUGCGGCGUCCAUUGCUCGUGUUCACAGGCAUCUCCCACCAGCAGAAGCUCCUUCCCUCCUUCGCAGACGCUUCCAAAUCAUAAACCUUUGGCGUCCUAUAUCACAUGCAGCUGUAGAUUGGCCACUUGCACUAUGCGACUUCCGGAGUGUCGAUUUCGAGAAAGACUUGAUGCCUGUCGCUCUCAUAUACCCUGACCGCGAGGGUGAGACAUUUGGGGUCAGAUACAACCCUAACCACCAGUGGAAAUACUUGAAGGCAAUGACCCCAGAAGAGUUUGUUCUUAUCAAAUGCGCUGACUCGAUACAAGAUGGGAGUGUCGCGAGGCUAACUCCUCAUACUGCCUUCCAAGACCCAAACACUCCAGAGGGAGCGCCGCUUCGAGAAUCCAUCGAGGUGAGAACUCUGGUAUUCUAUGAUUAG